AUGGGUAGUUGUGGAAGAAACAGUGGGGUGAGGCAAUACAUAAGAUCGAAGGUGCCUAGAUUAAGAUGGACUCCUGAUCUUCAUCACUGUUUUGUUCAUGCCAUAGAGAGGCUUGGAGGCCAGGACAAGGCAACUCCAAAGCUUGUUCUUCAGUUGAUGGAUGUUAGAGGACUCACCAUUUCUCAUGUCAAAAGUCAUCUUCAGGUUGAUAGAAGCAGCAGUACACAGCAAAAGAAAAAGUUACUUGAAGAAGAUCAUCAAGAAGGGUGUGUUGAACAAGAAAUUCCAAUUGAAAGAUCAGAUUCACGACAGUUCAUUUACUCUCCUCUACCUGUAAAAAAAGCUCGAAUCGAGAAGUUUAAUUCUUUCUCAGAGAAGCAAAGAAUACGUGAGUCAGUCGCCAAUCCGUACUCUGAUGAUGAUUACAUGCAGACUAGGGCUGAGAAAAGUGACAAUGAAGAGAGUAAAUUCAAAUGGCAGAUUCAAGAAACACCUCAAAUGUGCACUAUUACUCCAUUCUCUGUGCUACAGCAAGAUUUCUUACACACCACCCUCAAACCUUAUUCCAUUGCAGGUUCACUAGUAGAAUCUGAGUUUUUCAAGGUGGUUCCGAACCAAGAGAAGGAAAAAUGUGGAUCAUUUGAGCAAAGGAAACUUGAGCGCUUCGGCCAUAUUCACACUGCAGGUGAGGAAAUUGAGGGUUGUGAAUUGUCGUUGUCCCUCUCAUUGCCGGGAAGUGGUUGUUCCACGAGUGAAAUUGUCAGUGAGGCAAUAUCGUCGACCUACACCAGCAGGGUCUAA